AGAUCCCUGGCUUUGCCAGUUGGACACAAAGCCCUCUUGGCCUCAACCAGCCGGCCGAAAGCCCAAAACGUCUAACAUUUGUUUUUCUGAUCGUUUUCCAUCUAAAAUCGACUGUUUGUUACCUCGUACUGAUUUGAAGAGUUAACUGUUCAAAAUUUUAGACUGAAAUAUAUAAUUCUUCAUUUAUGUUAAAAAGUUAUCGAAUCCAAAACAACGCCUAGAAAGUCGAACGGCUUCCAUUUGGCCCCCAAACCUGAAGGUCUAAAAGUCGAUUCAAGGCCGCCUUGUUUUCAUCACAGCCAAGUGUAUUUCAAGAAAAAUGAUGACCUGUAAUCUGGAAUGGAAAAACCAAUCAGCCUUUCUUGUACAGGCUCUAUCGAGUCUCAGGCAAAAUGACACUCUUACAGACUGCACAUUAGCGGCUGAUGGAAGGCAUAUAAAGGCACACAGAUUGAUUCUCUGUGCAUGUAGUCCAUAUUUUAAGGAAUUACUGGCAGAUCAUUCCGACAAGCAAGCAAUUAUUUUUCUUAACAAUGUAAACUACUCCCUCCUAAAACUUAUAGUAGAGUACAUUUACAAAGGAUGUGUGAAUAUAGACCACACAGAGUUACAGAAGUUUCUCCAAACUGCAAGAGCUUUAAAAAUAUCAGGCCUUGUUAAUUAUGGAGAAGAAGAACCCCAGACUUCCAAGAAAGCAAAUCCACCUCCAAAACUAACAGCACAAAAAUCAAGCCACAAAAGGUCUUUGGGGGAUGCUGUUUCAGCUUUGCCUCCAAAAAUGAACAAACUGUCAAAAAAAGAAGUAAAUACUCCAUCUGUUCACCGCCCCGUUAUUAGACCGCGAAAAGAAGCGAUGACUGAAGCCCCAUUAGCCCCCAAUGCCAUCCAGGCCGCUUACCUUACACUCGAGUUGGAAGUUGACGCCCAAGAUGAAAAUCCAGCGGGUGAAGCGGAAGAAGAGGAGCAUGACGAAAAUUUAAGAUCGGACGAAAACAUUCCGUUUGUUACAGACGUUGAGGGGAGAUAUCAGCCAAUCGAGGGACGUCGACGAGGAUCAAAUCUGAUUGCUGACAUUCAAGAAGGAUACGUGUACCGAAUACGUCGGUACUUUAACGGUAAACAAUAUUAUCGAUGCUGUUACAAAGAAAAAUGCCCCGGUCGACUAGUCUGCCACGAAGGACGAUUUCACGCUCUCAACCAACACGAUCACGAUGGCGACAUGCACGUUGUUCAAAACUACAAACUGGUCGCAGACUGCCGCAGCCGAGCCAUUAACGAAUCCACUCCCGUUUCUCAAAUCAUCCAGGAAGAAGUCGACAAGGCAACAGGGAUAUCUGAAGUGUUAGUUACCCCACGAUAUCUAGUGAAAACCAGGAGACUCCAUCGCCAGCGAUUGCAUCAGCAACAGAGUACGCAAGAAAUGGCCGAAGGUUCACAGAUUUUGCCCCACACUGCUAAAGUUGAAAUAGAAGAAGAAGAUGAGGUCGGAUCUCUUAUCAUCCCCCACUCAGAAUCAGAAUGAGUUGAGAAAUUACAACAAUAAGUGUCCAAGAAGCUUUAUUUAAUAUUUAGCGAUCACCUUGCUACUAAAGAAAGUUUUUUGUCACCAUUGGUUAUUUUUUAAGAACAAAAUCCUUUUGUGUAGCUAUAUUAUGGUUCUCACUCCAGUGACACAUUCGUAUUUCGCGAUGUUAUAUCAUUCCUCAUUUCCCCUCAUCCGUUUUUUAAUAAAAUUUUUCUGCGAACAUAA